AUGUUCUUCAAACGGUUUAUUAAAUCCAAAGAAGAUCCCGAGAAGCCGCUUUUGGGUCCAAACUAUUGGCUUCUGAAGAGAAGUGGUUUUAUUUUACCAUCAAGUACUAAAGCUAAACUGGGCUACAUUUUUCUACAUGAGUUGGUUACUGUAUUUGUUCUGACUCAGUAUAUAGAGCUUUAUGUCGUGAGAUCUAACUUUGAUUCCGUUCUAACGAAUCUAAAAAUAUCUGUACUGAGCAUUGUCUGUAUUGUGAAAUCCAACGCGUUCAUAUUUUUUCAAAAGAAAUGGAAGGAAGUGAUUGAUUACGUAACGGAAGCUGAUAUUUGGGAGAGAAAUACGAGAGAUACUGCCAAAGGCAAGAUUAUAAAUAACUACACAAUUUAUUGUCGCAAUUUGCUUAAUUUCUACUGGUCUUUGGUGAUCACAACUGAAAUAACUGUAUGUGGAACACCUUUACUGAAGUACGUGUCUUCUGCGUCUUACAGAGAAGCACUGUAUAAUGGUACAGAAUUGUUUCCACAUAUAUUCAGUUCGUGGAUGCCCUUUGACAAAUACCACUCCCCUGGGUGUUGGGUCACCGUUGUCAUUCAUAUCUUGUUCUGUACCCUUGGAGCUAUCAUCAUGGCCUCUUUUGAUACGUGUGUGCUCUUUGUGCUUAUUUUCUUCGGAGGCAAACUGGAUCUAUUAAAGGAGAGAUGUAAGCAAAUCUUUGAUGACGCCAAUGAUGAAGAGGAAAUACUUAAACGGGUCAAGAAAAUACACAAAGAUCACGUUAUGCUGAUGAAAUAUUCGAGAAUGUUCGAUUCGCUUUUGUCACCGGUGAUGUUUUUUUACAUAGUAAUAUGCUCAUUGAUGCUUUGUGUUAGCGCGUUCGAGCUGACGUCUGCUACAAACACUGCACAGCUAAUUCUAACAGCAGAAUAUCUUACCUUCGGCGUGGCACAACUCUUUAUGUUUUGUUGGCACAGCCAAGACGUCCUCAUUAAGAGUUUGGAUGUAUGCAGUGGGCCUUUUAAGAGUAAAUGGUAUUCGGCCAAUUUGAAGCAAAAGAAGUACAUCCUUACACUUGCCGGCCAAUUGCGGAUUGUUCACAUAUUCAGAGCUGGGCCUUUCACUAAUUUGACGCUUACGACAUUCAUUGCGAUUUUGAAAGGCGCAUACAGUUACUACACAUUACUGAAGUAG